GCAACGCCUGGAUCUCUGGGUGGCCCGCGCGUCGCCGAUGGCUGCUCGCCGCCCCGCGCUCCUGGCCCUCGGCCUCGCCGCCGCCAGCGCGUGGCUGCUGAGCGGCGCCCUCGCGCCGCCUGCGCCGCGGGGUUUCGUCGCCCCCUCGCCGGCCCGGGCCCUGCGCGCGGGGGGCGGGGCGCUGGCGGGCGCGGGGGCCGAGAAGGCUGUGCCUGCUGUCAUCCUGCAGGCGCUGCCCGAGCCGAAGCCCAACGAGGAGAUGCUCCCCGUCGACCUCAACCGCACGUCCCUGUACUGGGGCCUGCUGACCAUCUGCAUCCUGUCCGUGCUCUUCUCCAGCUACCUGUUCAACUGAUCCCUGAGGGGGCGGGGUGUAAGCGGAUCCCUAUUCCUUCUCUCCUCCUGCCUUCUCUUUCUCGUUCCUCCUCCCUGCCUCUCC